AUGUCGUGUCAGUUCUACCUCGUCGGCGAUGACAUCGUCUCCGCGCAAGCAGUGGCAGUCGAUGACAGCUGGAAAUUCGAAGACCUGCAGCGCGCAGUCGGGAGCGUGUUCCACGUUGCACAGCCAACCGGCAUUUCCUUCCACAGCCAAUCUGAAACCCUCACCUCCGUCUCCGAUAUCCUCUCCGCCUCCUCUCCCGUCGGCCUUCGCAUUGACGGCAAUGCGAUCCGAUCCCCUGAAGGCCCAGCCGGACUCCCAAUCGUCGGCAGCUUCUACGAGAUCUUCCCCGACCACCUGGGCAACCACUAUCGGCUGUUCCGGAAAUACGGCCCCGCGAUCAAAACCACCAACAUGGGCAAGACGACGUAUCUGACGGACGACCCGCGCGUCGCCGCCGUGGCGCUGGCCGAGUCGACAUACAUGACCAAGAAGAUCAACGCCGAGCACCCCCUCUGGGGCAUCAAGGACAACAGCGCGAUUUUCAUCGGCGACACGGAGACCGAGAACUGGCGGCUCGCGCACAAGUAUCUUCCCCCGGCGAUGGGGCCGAGGGCUGUAAGGCACUAUACGGGACUGAUGCAGGGGUGUGUGCGCAAGUCAUUGCCGGUCUUUGAUGAGUUGGAUGCCCGCGACGAGUCGUGGAAUGUCUACCAGUAUAUGCUGAAGCUGGCGUCGCAGACCAUCGGGUCGUUUGCGCUGGACCAGGAUUUCAAACACUUCGAGUCGCUCGAUAGCCCGCUGCAUCCGAUCGUCACGAACAUCGCUAGUAUGCUGUCGUUGAAUAAGAAGAUCACCGCCCGCGGUGAAUGGUAUCGGCAUCUGCCGUUCGGGGACCCGGCCCGGCUGCGCGAGGUCCGACAUACGGUCUACUCGCUGCUGCAGGAAGCGAUUGACCAGGUUGCUGGGUCGGGGAUGUCGGAUGCGCCGAUGAAUGAGGCCGCGUUGAAGGCAACCUGCUUUGUCGAGUACCUGUUGCAUGCGGUCGAUGACAAGGGGGAACGGUUCCCCGAGGGUCUGCUCAUGGGCAACACGCUGAUCGUCACGGGCGCCGGGUUCACCACGACGUCGACGCUCAUGUCAUGGCUGAUCUAUUGUCUGGUCACGUACGAAGGCACCCAGGACCGCCUGUACCAGGAGCUGGUUGAGAAUGGGAUCGUCGGACCGAACGGGGAACGCAACCAGACGGAAUGGACCCCGGACCUAGCGCACGGCCUGCCAUACCUGGACAGCUUCGUCAAGGAGACGCAGCGGUUGCACAACGCCUCAUUCCAGCCCGGCCGCACCACCAAGACGGAUGUCGUCUUACCUGGCGGGUACCGCCUACCGCCGGACAGUGUCAUCGUGCCGGCACUGUAUGCAAUCCACACGAACCCGAACGUCUGGCGGGACCCGUUCCGCUUUGAUCCGGACCGCUGGAGCACAGAGGAGGUCAAGAAUCGGCACCGCUGUGCGUAUAUACCCUUUGCCACGGGCCCGCGCGGGUGUAUCGGGUUUAAUUUUGCCUUGCUGGAGGUCAAGGUUUUGCUGUCGGAGCUGGUGAGUCGGUAUGAGUUUGUGCGCGAGGGUCUGGAGGCGAUCGAUUAUGACCCUGAGUUCCAGCUGAUUCGGCCGUUGAACUUUUAUGUCAGGGCCAAGCGUCGGGGGUAG